UUUUACUCCGUAUGCCGCAGCUGGAAACGAAAAUAUCUCCGGGAAUGGCCGAGGAAGGAAAGUUUCCGCCACCAUCGGCGCCGUCGACAGCGACGGCUGACGCUCAACUCUUUGGUCUCUUAACAAAUCUUCUCCAGCAGGUUGAGUCACUAUCUAAUCAAGAGGAAGUGGAGUUACGUGCCAAGAUACAGGCCUUAGGGAUGGAAGUUACAAAAGUCCCUUCGAAAUCAGCACAUCUUGAUGAGAUGGAGAUUGCUGAGGAGUUGGAUAAGUUAUCGUCAAAGCUGGAUCACGUAGAUGAGAUGAUUUCCUCAGCCAUGGCUGCUGAUCCACAGGUUCAAUCUCUCUUAAGCAGCACUGCUGAUCUAUGGAUGCCUGUUAUUACUGCCAGUUCAGAUGAGCGGAGGAAUUUUACAGCUCCGGUUAGCGAUGAUAAUCAAGAAGCCAAUGGGAAGGAUUCCAAGUAGUAGUUUGUAGUAAAAAUAUUAUUUUAGUUCGUUGGUUUUUUUCUUAAUAAAUUGGAUUAAUUUUUGUGGCAUUAAGCGUCAAAGAUUGCGCACUUAACAAAUUUCAACUAAUAAAUUGGACGUAUGUAAUUAUGUUUUGUUAAUUA